GUUGCGCCAGUACUAAGCCAGUUUAGGAGUGAACGCGUAUGUGUUCGGUUCUACCGGGCCCGUUCGGUAAUGUGUGACGUUAGUAAACCGUACUCCUAAUAAAUAUAUCACCUUAAUUUCCUUAAUCCGUCCGCGCACCUGUUUUGAUUUACGUGGUUUCUUGAUGAGUGCCUAUUAUUGACACGAGGCACGUUAAAAUAAAACAUGUCGAGUUUACAAGAACAGCAGCAACCCAUCAUUAAAAUGGAACCGGGUAGUCCAGUCGCAUCAGUAGCGGCCAACAAUAAUAAUAACUUGGUCGUUCGGGUGGAUCAGGACUCGGAGACAGACUUGCAAGCGUUGUUUGACACGGUGCUCAAACCCAAUGGUCAGAAACCACUUCAGCUACCGCUGAGGAUGCGGCAGCUUCCAAAGUCGUUUUUUAACCCGCCAUCCACAGGUUCCAAGUCGCCGUCCAUCUCUUCGAUAUCGCACAGUCGGGAAAACUCUGGUGACUCGGCCUUUGGCACCACAGCCGCCGGUGCGUGCAUUACAACCACAGCACCGUUGCACUCGCGAGCGCACAGCUCGCCUGCUUCGCUACAACAAACUUACGCCGUCGGCUUGCAGCAAAAGCAACAGCAACAUGUCAAGCAACACAGUUACGAUGUGUCCAGUGCAAUUGACGAGUUGGGACCGUUGCCUCAGGGGUGGGAACAAGCGCGGACACCGGAGGGACAGAUUUAUUUCUUGAAUCAUCUCACUAGAACUACACAAUGGGAAGAUCCGAGAAAAAGCUUAGCGGCUCAAACGGCGAACCAACAUCAACGUAGCGCAGAGCAAUUGUUAAGUCCUGGUAAUGAUAGCGGAUCGAGUACCAACACAACCAGCACUCCUACAAACUCACCGCCACAUAUUCAUUCUACUCUUCAGGGUGCAAAUAAAAACGUAACUUUAGGUCCAUUGCCUGAAGGAUGGGAACAAGCAAUCACUGUAGAUGGUGAAACUUAUUUUAUUAAUCACUUAGCUAGAACCACAUCAUGGUUUGAUCCCAGAAUACCCGCUCAUCUUCAAAGAGCUCCCACGUCAGGUGCAGUAUUACCUUCGGGAUCUGCAUCGUGGUUGUUAAAUGGUAAUGGAGCAUCUGGCUUAUCUCAAUCUUUGCAAGUCACCCAACAAAAGCUCAGACUACACUCCUUACAAUUAGAGCGAGAACGUUUAAAAAUUCGCCAACAAGAAAUUAUUCGUCAGCAAGAAUUGAUGUUACGCUCGGGACAAACAACAAAUGAUCUCGAUCCGUUCCUAUCGUGUAGCAGCAGUAAUAUUGAUCACUCAAGACAAGAGUCAGCUGACAGUGGUUUGGGUUUAGGAAACAAUUACUCAUUGCCUCACACUCCAGAAGACUUUUUAUCUUCAAAUAUGGAUGAUAAUAUGGAUUGCACUUCUGAGAGUGAUAAUCCAGGUCCAUCAUCAAAUAUGUCUGUAGUAGAUUCCCAAGAGAUGGCUUCACUGGAUGUUACAGAUGAUUUAGUUCCAUCACUUCAAUUAGGAGACGAAUUUAGCAGUGAUAUUCUAGAUGAAGUACAAUCACUAAUAGAUCCUAAUAACAAACCUGGGUCCAUUUUAACUUGGCUUUGAGAAUUUUUUAUUAUAUGUGUAUUAGAAUUAUUUUAUGUAUGAGAUUGAUUAGCCCAUUAACCUAGUCUAAGAAUUUUGGACAAAGUGAAAAAGUAUGUGUUGGGGUUGAUUUAUUUGAACAUGAAGUGAAAAUGAUAAAGUUAAAAAAUA